AAAUAUUCAAAAAAUUUCUACUAAAUGUGUGAGUUUAUAUGAAGAUAUAUUCAUUAAAUUUAUUCUAUAUUUAUACAAUUUAUUACUAUUAAUAUUAUUUAUUGAAUAAGCUUUUAAUAUACACAAUAUUAUUUAAAAUAUACCAAAACAAAAAGGGUUUUUAGAUCAGAGGGACAAAUUAAACCGUUAUCGAAUAUUGUCAACAUGGUCAGUUCUGUUCGUAGGUGUGUCCCCAAGAAAAAAAGGAAGCGUCCAACCAAGAAAAAAUGUCCGAGAAACGCGACGCCGAUCCAGAAAUACCGCCCGAGGAGCGCAACGAACUGAUCAUCAGGCCGUUGGGCGCGGGCCAAGAGGUCGGCCGUUCCUGCAUCAUGCUCGAAUUCAAGGGCAAAACGAUAAUGCUCGAUUGCGGCAUCCAUCCGGGCCUAAACGGCAUGGACGCGUUGCCGUUCGUCGAUCUAAUCGACACCGAUCAGAUCGACCUGUUGCUCGUCUCGCACUUCCACCUGGACCAUUGCGGCGCCCUGCCCUGGUUCCUGCUCAAGACCGCCUUCCGCGGCAAGUGUUUCAUGACGCACGCCACCAAGGCGAUCUAUAGGUGGCUGCUGUCUGAUUACAUUAAGGUCAGCAACAUUUCCACGGAUGAGAUGCUGUACUCGGAGAUGGACCUGCAGGCCAGCAUGGACAAGAUCGAAACGGUCAACUUCCACGAGGAGAAGGAGGUUAAUGGCAUCAAGUUUUGCGCCUACAACGCCGGGCACGUGCUGGGGGCGGCCAUGUUCAUGAUCGAGAUCGCUGGCAUUAAGACCUUGUACACGGGGGACUUUUCGAGGCAGGAGGACAGGCACUUAAUGGCCGCGGAGAUUCCGACGUCCCGUCCCCACAUACUGAUCACCGAGUCCACCUACGGCACUCACAUACACGAGAAACGAGAGGACAGGGAGAAGCGGUUCACCAAGCUGGUGCACGACAUCGUGAACCGCGGGGGCCGCUGCCUGAUACCGGUGUUCGCAUUGGGCAGAGCCCAAGAGUUGCUCCUGAUACUCGACGAGUAUUGGAGCCGCAACCCUGAUCUGCACGAGGUGCCCAUCUACUACGCCUCCUCGCUGGCCAAGAAGUGCAUGGCCGUCUACCAGACCUACAUAAACGGCAUGAACGAAAAAAUACAGAACCAAAUAGCCGUCAACAACCCCUUCGUCUUCGAGCACAUCUCCAACCUACAAAGCAUCGACCACUUCGUGGACAUCGGGUCCAGCGUCAUAAUGGCCUCACCGGGCAUGAUGCAGAGCGGCCUGUCCCGCGAACUGUUCGAGACUUGGUGCUCCGACCCCAGGAACGGCGUCAUCAUAGCCGGCUACUGCGUCGAAGGCACGCUGGCCAAAACUAUCCUGUCCGAACCGGAGGAGAUCGUGAGCAUGUCGGGGCAGAAGCUGCCCCUCAAAAUGUCCGUCGAUUACAUCUCCUUUUCCGCCCACACCGACUAUCAACAGACCAGCGAGUUCAUACGCAUCCUCAAGCCGUCCCAUGUGGUGCUGGUGCACGGCGAACAGAACGAAAUGGGCCGUCUCAAGGCGGCCCUGGAACGGGAGUAUGAAUACGACCUAAACAGCACCAUAAAGCUGUACAACCCCCGCAACACCGAGCCUGUCGAGUUGUAUUUUUGCGGCGAGAAACGGGCCAAGGUGCUUGGCGCCCUGGCCGUGGAGAAGCCGAAGGCCGGCCUCGGCGUUUCGGGGUUGUUGGUGAAGCGUAACUUCAACUACCACAUCAUCUCGCCCCAGGACAUUAAGAAGUACACGGCUUUGAGUGUUAGCACCGUGAUGCAGCGACAGAGCAUCCACUACAGUGGCAAGACGCUGGCGUUGAGGCACGUGAUUGCUCAAAUAGCUGGCCCGCUGGAGGGCGAAGGGAACAAGCUGCGUGCCUUCAACGCCGUGGAUGUAACUAUUAACAAACAGGUGGUGGAGUUGGAGUGGGAGGCGAAUCCGACCAACGACAUGUACGCUGACGCCAUAGUCGCCUGCAUUUUGCAGGCAGACUUGUGGAAAAACACCCCCAUGAAGGACCUCAAACCGGGCAUGUGCUUCGACCGGAUCCACUACAAGGGUUGCUUGUUCGAAACAUUGCAAGAUAUGUUCGGUGAAGACGCCGUCACGAGGUGUGAGGGCGGCGAGAGGAUGCUAGUCAAAGUGGAUGAGCAUACGAUCGACAUUGAUUUGACCGAUUUGGUUGCUAAGUGCGAGACAGACGAGAUGUUGCAAAAGAUGGUGCAGACUGCCGUCAGCAAGUUACAUCUCAGUUUGACUCCCGUUCAAACAAAUUAAUUGUUUUAAGCUUGUGUUUUAUUUCCCCCUCAUUUAUUUGUGUUCCCGGGUUCGUCCACCGUUGUUAAUACGAAAAUUUGGUUUCAACCGUUAUUAAUG